AUGGUUGAAAAGAACAUCCCUAAAAACGGUGAUAUCUCCAAGGCACCCACCCCCCAAAACACGCCGUCCAGUGUUACGGGGCUGUAUAUGCGGUCACAGGCACCCACGGUGUCCACUAUUGAUGAAGAAGUGGAGUCUCAAAACAACCCCGCGGCUCAGUUGGCCCUGAAUCCAGCCCUUUUGCAAAUGAUCCAAGGUAAAUUGUCGACGUUGGUUGGCCAGCCUUCUGGAUACAUUGAAAACUUGUCCCCUGUUGUGAAAAAGCGGGUGUACGGUUUAAAAGCUGUCCAGCAACAACAAAUGAAGUUGGAGGCUGAGUUCCAAAAGGAAUUGUUGGAAUUGGAAAAGAAGUAUUUCGGAAAGUAUCAACCUUUGUACGAAAGACGGAAGCAAAUCAUCGUUGGCGAAACUGAACCCACUCAAUCCGAAGUCGACGCAGGCGAAGAAAUUGAGCGCACGGAGCACCCUGAUAUCGACCAAAACGAUGACAGGGAUGCUACUGAAGACGAUGAUUCCGAAGAGGUUGGUAUCCCCAAUUUCUGGUUGACGGCACUUGAGAAUUUGCAGACGGUGGCGGAAACUAUCACCGAGCGUGACUCGGAAGUUUUAGCGAAUCUUAAGGAUAUCAGAAUGGAAUACUUGUCAACUCCCGGAUUCCAACUUAUAUUUGAGUUUGUGAAGAACGACUUUUUCAAGAAUACUAUCCUCACCAAAACUUAUCACUAUCAACCUGAAUUGGGAUACUCGGGUGAUUUUGUUUACGACCAUGCUGACGGUUGCGAGAUUGACUGGACACUGACCGAAAAGAAUGUUACUAUCAGCAUUGAGCGUCGUAAGCAACGGAACAAAACGACGAAACAAACCAGAACAAUCGAAAAGUUAACCCCCACAGAGUCGUUCUUCAACUUCUUCGAUCCUCCUAAGCCUCCUAAGCUUGAUGACGAUGAAGAAGGCGACGAAGACGAAGACGAAGAGGAUGAUCUUGAAGGCAGACUAGAAUUGGACUACCAAUUGGGUGAGGAAAUUAAGGAUAGAUUAAUUCCUCGCGCGGUGGACUGGUUUACUGGUGACGCGGUCGAGUUGGGUUUCCCUGAAAACUUCGAAGACGAUGAGGAAUACGAACUGGGCGAAGAUGAUGAGGAGGACAGUGACGAUGAUAAACCGAAGGAAAACCCCCCUGAAUGCAAGCAACAAUAA